AUGUGAUGCUCCACGGUCACACAUCGAUGUAAGUGUCGGUGCAGCAGCGGCAUGCUGGAGUAAGCAGCUGUUUGCAGAGAUCAGGAGGAGAGUUCCUGGAUGAGGCUCGUUUCAGCACCGGAGCUGCUUCCGAACUGAUGCUGUGAACCGGUGAUGCUGCGCCCGAGCUGCUGAUCCCCCUCCUCCCUCUCUCUCUCUCUUUCUCUCUCUCUCUCUCUGUGUCUCUCUCUCUCUCUCUCCCUCUCUCUCCUCUUCUCUCCCUCCUCGCUCCUCUCCUCCACACGCACAAAACGCUCUGUCAUGGCGUCUUCCAACCAUGUUACCCCCACCAACUGUAGCUGGUGGCCCAUCUCAGCCAUGGAUGAAGACGGUAAAAUCACAGACGGGGAGGAGUGCGAGGAACCGACGGCAGAGCCCAAACCCUUCAAUAGAGACAGGCUCGUUUUGUACCACUGGACGCAGUCUUUCGCCUCCCAAAAGGUACGUCUAGUCAUUAAUGAGAAGGGCCUGGUGUGUGAGGAGAGGGAUGUGAGCUUGCCGCUGCAGGAGCACAAGGAGCCCUGGUUCAUGAGGUUGAACCUGGGCGAGGAGGUGCCCGUCUUCCUCCACGGAGACACCAUCAUCAGUGACUACAACCAGAUUAUAGACUACCUGGAGAAAAACUUUGUGGGAGACACGGUGGCUCAGCUGAUUCCUGACGCAGACUCGCCUCUCCACGAGCGAGUGCAGCAGUACCGUCAGCUACUGGACGGGCUGCCCAUGGAUGCUUACACACACGGCUGCAUCCUCCAUCCAGAGCUCACCACCGACUCUAUGAUUCCAAAGUACGCCACCGCAGAAAUACGUAGACACCUGGCCAACGCUGCGACGGAGCUGAUGAAGCUGGACCAUGACGAGCCUCAGCUGAAAGAACCGUACCUGUCCAAGCAGAAGAAGCUAAUGGCGAAAAUCUUGGACCAUGAUAAUGUGAACUACCUGAAGAAAAUUCUGGGCGAGCUAGCCAUGGUUCUAGAUCAAGUGGAGGCUGAACUGGAGAAAAGGAAACUAGAGUAUCAAGGUCAAAAGUGUGAGUUGUGGCUUUGUGGACCUGAAUUUACACUAGCUGAUAUCUGCCUCGGAGCCUUGUUGCAUAGGCUCAAGUUCUUGGGACUUUCUAAGAAAUACUGGGAGGACGGCAGCCGACCCAACCUGCAGUCCUUUUUUGUGCGAGUGCAAAAACGCUUCGCUUUUCGCAAGGUCUUGGGCGACAUCCACACGACCCUCCUGUCGGCGGUCCUACCCAACGCCUUCCGGAUGGUAAAAAAGAAGCCGCCGUCCUUCUUUGGGGCCUCUUUUCUCAUGGGCUCGCUGGGCGGGAUGGGCUACUUUGCCUACUGGUAUUUAAAAAAGAAAUACAUGUAGUGAAUGCCCCGUUGUUGUGUUAAAUGUCUGUGUAUUUGUGUGAUGUUUCAACUUUUCUGUAACGUUUUAUGACUGCAGGAAAACAUAAUGAAUCUAUAUAGAGAACACUAUUACUUACCUGGGUGAACAAAGAAAUAUUAAAACAUUCCGUAAUAAGAAA